CUCUCUCCGCCUCCACUUUCUUAACCCCUCUCCUUAACCCAACAAUCUCUCUCUCUCUCUCUACACGAAAUCGCUCAAACACUUACACGCACAACACACACUAGAAUAAAAACAGCACUCCUCACCCAAGAGAAGUCCAUAAAUGCAUUCAGUAGAAGAAGAAAAUUAGUCCACUCUUCUUUAGACAUAUUGCAACUACUGGUAAGAAGAAGAAAAGAAACCUUGCUUAGGCAUUUGCUACAAAUCAUCGAAACUUUCAAGCUGGCGAUCGAAAAUCAAGAAUCAACUGUUCCCCGCGAAUUCAAGCCCAAAAACAGACGCAUCAUGGGAGCUGGAGGGCCUGACGAGGAGGAUAACAGAUGGCCACCGUGGUUGAAGCCUUUGUUGAGGGAACACUUCUUUGUCCAAUGCAAAAUGCAUGCUGAUUCUCACAAGAGCGAAUGCAAUAUGUAUUGCUUGGACUGUAUGAAUGGGGCUCUCUGUUCUCUCUGUUUGGCCUCUCACAAGGACCAUCGCGCCAUUCAGAUAAGGAGGUCAUCCUACCAUGAUGUGAUCAGGGUGAAUGAGAUUCAAAAGUAUUUGGACAUCUCAUCGGUUCAAACCUACAUUAUCAACAGUGCCAAAGUCGUGUUCUUAAAUGAGAGGCCUCAGCCUAGGCCUGGCAAAGGCGUCACCAAUACUUGUGAAGUCUGUGAGAGAAGCCUUCUUGAUUCCUUCAGAUUCUGCUCUCUUGGCUGCAAGAUUGUGGGGACAUCCAAGAAUUUCCAGAAGAAGAAGAAGCAUUCCCCUGAGAAGAAAAGGGCGGCACUGAUGGCGGCAGCUUCUGAUUCUGAGGACUCCUAUAGCAGCAGCAGCCAUGGAGGAAGGCACAAGAGCCCGAGCAGUAGCAAUGGGAAGGUUCAGAGCUUUAGUCCAUCAACCCCACCUCCAACUGCUGUUAAUUACAGAACAGCCAAGAGAAGGAAGGGAAUUCCCCACAGAGCCCCAACUGGAGGAAUAGUUAUUGAAUAUUAGCCCCUGCUUAUAUGUCUUAAUUAGCUUAAUACCCCAACAACUUAUACUACACCUUAGAUAUCAGAAUGGUACUGGUCAGGAGGUCCAUUCCAAACAGCUAUAGUGCUUUUUCACCUC